UUUGAAAUUUGAACUUGAUUUUCUUUACGAUUUUAGAAGAGAUUUACCACUUACAACCAUGAUUUGAUGGGAGGGAGGAAGAGAGAGGAUUUUGAAACCCAAAUUUGAAAACAGUUCCUUUAUUUUUCCACCAUGAACUGAUUUGAUUGUAGAGGAACACUGAAAAUCAAUUUUUCCCACUCUUAAAAGUGGCUCUGGCUUUGCGAAUUUUCGUUGAAAUUCAUUCAUCGGCGUCGUUUCCACACAAAAAAGAGAGCAAAAAGAAACCCGUAAAAUCUUGUAAGAACCAAGUUUCGUCUUCUUCAAAUGCUCCUCUUCAACGGUACCCCAAUCCUAUUGAGCCAUUUUCUCAGUAAUCUACACAAAAAACCCAUUUCAUUCUCCCGCAAAUUUGAAGUCCCGCCCAUGAAAUUUUCCAAGUUCCUCAUCCUCUUCCGCGACCCAUAGCAAAACCCAGUUGCCUCUUCUCCAGUCAACUGGUUGCUUUUGUUGUGCUUUCGGAUUAUGGAUUUUGACGAUUUAAGCCCCAAUCAGUGCCGCCUGAUCGGAAACUACAUAUUGGGGCCGAGAAUCGGGUCGGGUUCGUUCGCCGUCGUGUGGAAGUCGAGGCACAGGCAGUUGGGCACGGUGGUCGCCGUCAAGGAGAUUGACAAGAAGCAUCUUAAUCCCAAAGUCAGUGACAGUUUGCUCAAAGAAAUUUCUAUUCUCAGCACUAUCAAUCACCCCAAUAUCAUCCGCCUCUUCGAAGCCAUUCAGACUGAUGAUAGGAUUUUUCUUAUUUUGGAAUACUGUGAUGGUGGUGACCUUGGGGGUUAUAUUAAUCGCCAUGGAAAAGUAUCUGAAGGGGUUGCCAGACACUUUAUGAGACAAUUGGCUGCUGGCUUGAAAGUUCUUCAAGGAAAACACCUCAUUCAUAGAGAUUUGAAGCCUCAGAACUUGCUGUUGUCAUCUGACGAAGUGACUCCGGUCCUGAAGAUUGGAGAUUUUGGAUUUGCAAGGUCCUUAGCAAAUCAGGCGUUGGCUGACACACAAUGUGGUUCACCCUUGUAUAUGGCUCCAGAAAUUAUUCGGAACAAAAGAUAUGAUGCCAAGGCUGAUUUAUGGAGUGUUGGAGCAAUUUUGUUCCAGCUAUUGACAGGGAAGCUUCCAUUUAGUGGCAAUAAUCCAUAUCAGCUCUUUCAGAAUAUCUUGGAAUCCACUGAGCUAAGAUUUCCUAAAGGUGCCUUGAAACAGCUACAUCCCGACUCUUUGAAUCUUUGCAGAAGCCUUUUGCGUCAAAAUCCAGUUGAACGGCUGACAUUUAAGGAGUUCUUUCAUCACAAAUUCUUUGAGGAGCCGAGGUCAAAUCAAGCUGUAGAGGCAGCAUCUGUAGUUCAGUCAAUUGAAUCAGUCAGCUUAGAAGCAACAAAGGAUAAGUCCCAGUUAGAACAACCUAUUGAAUCAUCAAACAGAGAUGCAAAAGUUGCUAGUUCAUCCGUACAUAACAGAUUAUCCGGGGUGGAAAACGCCUGCUCGGUUGUAGAAAGUUUACAUGAACAAAUCCUCAAUCUUGGAUUAGAUGAUGAUCUAAGAAAAUCUCUUGAAUGUAAUCAACAAUCCUUGAAUCAGAUUCAAGUUACUGAUUCAAUGGAGUCAAUUGAGAAAGAUUAUGUCCUCGUGAAUGCUCAUUGCCCUUCAAUGGUGACUUCUUCUUAUCAUCUUGAAACAUCAUUACAAGGUUGUUCAUCAAGAAUUUCCCAUUCUCCUCUCAGUAUUCAUCAGGAUAUGACCGCCAAAGCCCAGAAAGAGGAGCUUAUCGGUAGUUCAAGUGUUACUGGAGAAAGUUCACGGAGUCGAGGUCAAUUCUCAUGUGCAGCAUCUAUGUUAAGAGAAGUACAAGGACUACCUGUAUUGCAUCCCUCUACCAGGCUCCAGCUAUUUCAUCACUAUGUCCAGGUUCUUUCGGAUUUGUCACAAGAAAAGUGUAAUGCAGGAAUGUUUUUAGAAUCAUUUUCGGUUGAAUUGGUUGCUUUAGCUUUAUGGCAGAAAGCCGUUGAAAUUUGCAAUGCUUGGCUGGCUUCUUCUACCAAAAAUGACACAUCAAAAAGUAGUUCGAAAAUAGAUUCUACCCCCCUUCAGAAAGACACUGACUCUGCUGCAAGUCAGGAAGAAAAUAUAGAUUUUAAUAGGCCAUCAUCUGUUUCUAAGUGGGCAGAGCAAGGGUUUAUCGCCACAGUCGACCAGGCCGACAAGUUACUUCAAAAUAUCCGAGAGAUCGAUGGUGCCUCUAAGAUGCCUGAUGCUAUGGAAAUUAUAUUCCAAAAAGCACUUGAUCUUGGGAGGAGUGGUGCUGUGGAUGAAUACAUGGAAAGCAAGGAAAAUGCAGCAGCUGCCUACUCGCAAGCCAUGCUUCUGCUCUCAUUCAUUUUGGGAGAAGCUGAAUCCCUUAAACUUAACCCUCCAUUUUCUCUAACCUCAGCUGAUAAGCAACGAAUUCAACAUUAUAUUCAUAACUUGCAGGCUCGUCGGACUAACUUUUUAACGUCGCAGCCAUUACAGAAGCUAUCAGAAGGCGCUCCCUCAAUGAGUAAAUAAAGGGGAAGGGCCUUAACUGGACAAACUGUACAGCUCUACAUAUUUACUUAUCUUACUCCACCUUCUGGUCGGUGUUUGAAACUGUUGGCUGAUACUCAUCAGCUCUGGUAAUUAUGUUGAUAUUAGCACUUCUUUUUCUUUUUCCUUUUAUUUCUUUUGGGGGUUCAAUUUGCCCCUUUAUUUAGGAGGUUAGGUGCUUAAAUAGGAGAGGAUAUUUUUAUAUAGGAAAACUUAGAGAAAAAAGUACAAAGUAUGAGUAAGAGAUUUGGAUUCAGGAUGGUUACUUCAAACCAAAAGUGAAUUUAACUGUCAUGAACUUUGUUGCUUUUAUUGGGUGAAGUUUUGUGUAUAAGAUAUUCAAUUUUUUAUUUCAAGGAAUGUAAAUAUUGAAUCAAACUUUGUAUAUAUGUUUACUG